UAUUUCGUAUCACUUUAACAAAUACUACCUAAUACCUGUAUACUCUGAUACUGGUAUACACAUACAAUAUUACUUGUCACUCGCCAGUCUAAGUCACUAUAGUUAAUUAACAUUCAACAUUGCACCCUAAGAUCUAAAUGAUACAGGUUAAUUUGUAACGAUAACAUUAAUUGUAUAUUCUUAUUAAUAAGUUAGAGUUUCUCAUUGUUUCUCAUUCCUUGCGGAGGAGUGACGGGAGGAGUCAAGAUGACGGAACCUAAUAAGGAGAAAUGUGCAAGGAAAAGUUUCGAGGGGCUAACCAUCAAAUACCAUGGGUUCGGCGUUCGGCACGUGCAGAUGAUCUGCAUGUCAUUCUCGAUGAUAGCACUGCUGCUGGCGCGCAGCAGUAUGGGGGUCGCCAUCCUUGCCAUGACUGAUGUCAAACAUCAUAAUGGAUCUACAGCCGAGGUAUACGAAUGGGACAAGAAGAUCCAAGGUCUGAUCCUAUCAUCGUUCUUCUGGGGCUACAUGUGCAUGCAAGUUCCUGCUGGAGUGUUGGCAAAGAGGUUCGGAGGGAAACCGAUUCUACUGGUAGCGUUGCUGGCCAACGGCUGCUUGACUGGACUCUUCCCCGUAUUAGCUAGUUUGGGCGGUUGGCCGUUGGUGUGCGUGACACGUGUCAUGAUGGGGCUCACGCAGGCGUGCCUGUUCCCGGCCAGCCACACACUCCUCGGCAGGUGGCUGCCCACCAGCGAGAGGACCACGUACACUGGCAUCGUGUACUCAGGAUCACAAAUAGGCACAAUCAUAGCCAUGCCUCUGUCAGGCUUCUUAUCAGAGACGGCAUUAGGCUGGAAGAUGAUAUUCUACGUGACUUCUGCCAUCAUGUUCCUGACGGCAGCCAUGUGGUACUGGUUCUCCGCCAGCAGUCCUGGAGAACAUUCCAUGAUGACUGAAGAAGAGAAGAAUUAUAUUGAAAUGGGACUUGACACCAGUACUGAGUCAAGACAAAAACAAGCCACACCUUGGCGUGAAAUAUUCCGCACGGGGGCUCUGUGGGCCAUCAUGGUGUCCCACGUGGGUGGCAGUAGCGUGUUCAUCUUGUUCUUCGUAGAUCUACCCACUUACUUGGAGAGAGGGAUGAAUAUAUCAUUGAGGAAUAGUGCCACACUAUCAGCUUUACCAUUUGUCGGCAUGUGGGUAGGCUCGAUAGGAUCCGGUAUCAUCUGCCAGAAGAUUUACAACAAGGGUUGGCUUCCACUGGGUGUUUGUAGAAAAAUAUUCAAUUCAUUUGCUUUAUUCGGAGGAGGUAUUGGUAUAAUAUUCCUCGCAUUCCUUGGUCCUGAGCACAAGAACAUUGCUGUCGGCAUCCUGGUCAUGGUUUUCUUCCUAUUCGGAUUCAUUUCAGCUGGGUUCAUGGUGAACCACUUGGAUCUAUCGCCGCAGUUUGCAGGCGUGUUGCUGUCUCUGACAAACUUUGCUGGAGGCAUUGGAAGCAUCCUCACUCCAGUUGUAACAAGUUAUAUACUAAGGAAUGAUCCAUCGGACAUCAGUCGCUGGAGGAUCGUAUUCUUAUUGUUCGCCUCCAUCGGUAUCGGCUCCAACCUCAUCUACGUCAUAUUCGGGAGCUCCGAGCGACAACCUUGGGACAGUCCCGACUACAAGGACAGGAGGAAAGCUGACCCAGAGGAAAUGGCUCCAGUGUUGGACAAGAAAGUUGAAAAAGAGUUGGAAGUUGACAAACAGUAGCUCUGUACUACUUAAUCAAGUGAAAAUUGAAAAAGUUUACAAACACAGUGUAGAUAAAACUGUAAAAUGUAGCUGGGGACAUGAAUUUAUUGAGUUAAAUAAAAUAUUAGGUAAAAAGAAUAAUGGAGACAAUUCUGUCCAACUACAGUUUAGACGAAAAUACAGAGAAUGAAAGAAGAAACGUAUGUUAAGACAAUUCUAAAUGAAAUAAUCAUCAUAUCAGCUUCAAGAAAUCAACCACGGAAGUAAUGCGAACUACGAUGGAGAACAUAAAGCUUGAGAUUAGCAGGAGAGUCAUUAAAACAUUUUAGAGGCUGGUCACAAUAAUAGCAUGAUAUUUCACACUACUUCAAACCAAAGUUUAAUAACACACAUAUUAUAUUUAUACAAAGUAUUUUGAAAAAAAAACGUGCGACUGAGACAGAAUGUGUUGAUAUUACGUACUGAUUAAAAUAAUUUCAUUUCAUUAAAUAGAUAUGUAGGUAUGUAGUAUAGUGUUAUGCUAGUCCUAAUUUUAGAGCCGCCAUAUUGUGCUGUUGCCACAGGAGUACAAAAUAUUUAGAUGUCGCUGUAGGUUUUAUUAAAGACCUUAUUUCUUUAGGAAUAAAAAACACAUUCGUUUUAAUGUAGAAUGUGUUGAAAGAUAAAAUUAAAAGUGAGUUGCGUCCGUAUAAUGAUAGUGUUAAUGCGUAGUUGUGGACACAAAGAGGGUAGACACAUUAACAUAAUUGAAACGAGAGCACUUGUACACUACAUCCAUAUUAACAGAGACAGUAAUUCUAGGAAAAAGCGUCUCGCAAAUGUAUAUGUAUAAUAUAUUGUUACAGAAAAUGUUUUUACCACAAAUAGAUAACAAUUAAUCAAUUUCAAAGAAUGUCAGUGUGUUAUUUUCUAACCUGUUUUAUGUUUUAAUUUUGUUUAUAAGUUAUUAGUUUUUAAAAUCACUAAGUUUUUCUUUACUGUAUUUGGAAAUGGUAAACCCGUGCCAAUGUUCACCAAAAGAUGUCAUUUAAGUCUUCAUUAGUAUCCAUUGGUGUCUUCUGUGUCGAUGUAUAAUUGUGUUCAAUAUAGUUUGUAUGUGUGUGACGGUUUUAGACAUAGGUUAGUCAUAAGUUUUUCACACCAGUGUUAUUUUUAUUAAAAUGUGGUUUCUGUACAGUCGGGAGAAAUAAAACAAAGCGU